GCGGUAAGGGAGCUGUGACCUACACCAAAGAAAGGAUGCCAGCCCUCCACGGUGACCGCACCCAAGCUCGACCUCCAUUUCCAACUUUCUCCAUCUGCGCACCGCCUUAACUUUCUUCCUCGACAAGCUUUUGCUCUCCAGUGCGAACCAAGCACGCCUUGAGCGCAGAGCCCUUUUGGGACAUAAUCAACACCCGAGCAUGGCCUUUCAACCCACGGGGGUUCCACCUCCACCCACAGCAGGCGACAACAUAGGACCGGGAGGUCCCUCUCCGUACUUGCACGAAGACAAGCCCGCUUUCCCAAUCAAUGCCGCGCAUAGAUAUGGCGAUGGAUUCUUCAGCUUCUUGGCUCCCGUACUGGGGCCCGUGGGCAGCGUGAUGACCGCUUGGCAGGAGAAGAGGAACGAGCUGGAUUUGCCUAGCCCGGGAACUGCCGAGCAUCUUCAAAGGGAGGUCAAGUCUACACUGCUCAACAACUUCAUCUUUGAUGGUGCAAGGGCAGACUUGACAAAAGCCUUGUCCCUGAACCCCAUUUUUCAAGUGACGCACGCCUUCUCAAUGGGAGCCCAACAAGCACCUUCCUCUUACAACUUUGGAGCAGUGUACGGUAGCGAGAGGUACUUUUUGCAAGGUGGAUUGGACGAUGCUGGUAGCGUAACGAUCCGAGCAAACACCGGCUGGGCGGAUGGCCACAUUUCCAAAUUCCAGGGUCAGAUGGCUCCUGCCGGUGGACAGUCCUUCGCGCAGCUUGAGCACGACUAUCAAGGAAGAGAUCACAGCGCCAACAUUAAAGCGCUCAAUCCUUCGCCCAUCGACGGAACGGGCAUCUACAUUGCGAAUUACUUGCAAUCCCUGACCAGAAACUUUGCGCUGGGCGUAGAGGCCAUUUGGCAACGACCGGAUGCCAACCAGCAGGAGGCUGCGAUUGGAUAUAUGGUCAAGUGGAUCUCCGACUCGAAGGACGCUAUCGCUACCUUGCAGCUGCAGGGCCAGGGUAUUGCUCAGGCUACCUACUGGCACAAGCUGGCCGAGAACGUGUCUGCCGCUGCUGAUCUGCAGCUCGUCACAGCGGGAGGAAGGCGUGAUGCUCAGGCUGCUCUUGGCGCAAAGUGGGACUUUAGGAUGGCUACCUACCGCGCACAGAUCGAUAGCACAGGCAAAAUCUCAUCUCUGCUCGAGACCAGGCUUGCACCCACGCUCGCACUCACGUUUGCAGGCGAGGUUGAUCACUUUAAAAAUGCGGCCAAAUUCGGUGUUGGAUUGUCAUUGGAAAGCGCAGGAGGAGAAGUUCCAAUGGAUCCUUCCGUUCCUCCUCCCACCCCUCCUUCUGUACCUGUAUGAUGAUGAAUCGCCCUACCUCCCCAAUCUCCCUGCGCCAGUCCAUCUCAUCUCAAUUCUCUGGCUUCUCUACCACAUCUUCACCCACCUUUUCAAAACUGCACAAGGAGACAAAAAGCAUGAUAUACAGAUAGGCUCGCGAGCAGAGAGGGACACAUGCCAUACGCAAAUCAAUCUUCGGUAUCAAUAGCGCGCAUCGAAGAAGAGCUGGAAGAGGCGCACUGGUGUGACCAGCGAGGUCGUCCGAGGGGAGCUUCGCGUUGGACGUGGUCUUCGUUCAAGUCUAGAGUGGAUGAUGUGGAAACGACGAGGCUGAAGUCAUCGUUGGGGAUUCUUCGUAGUUCCGCCUAAAUACAGGCUAUCCCAAGUCGUGCUGAGAAUGCUUGUGGCCUGGGUCACUGGUGACACCUUCACCAUGAACAGAA